AUGGCCGACGAUAAAUCAAAUUUACCUAUCUUGGUCCCUGCGCCAUGGGGAAACCAGGAAGAGCGCGCUUGGCCGGCGGUACCACGUCGAGUUCGAGCCAAGAACGCUUCUCGUGCCUGUAGCGAGUGCCAAAAGCGGAAAAUAAAGUGUAUCGGUGCAAACCCUUGCCGGAAUUGCGAAGAGAAUUCUUUUUAUUGUGAGGUGAAUGACGAAACCGAUGGUAGACGCCGGACAGCGUUGAAACGAAAAGUCGAAGAUCUGGAGCAAGACCGCGAACUCCUGGUCAAACUCGUCGAGGCCCUUCGCAACGAUGAUCAGCACGCGCUACAGUUGUUCAAUCUCAUCCGUAGUAAUGCCUCGUUGGAUGACAUACGACUUGCCGUCGAGAACCGGUUGAUGGAGCCGUUUCAACAAUCGUCGUCCUCUACAAGUUCAAUGGUUCCUGUUGAUUUUGCUAGAGGAUCUCAGAUGAGCAAUACCCAGGCAUCGAAGGGCACUUAUGGCCAUCAAAGUACUAGCCAUAGUCAUUUACACCGCCAAAUCAUGGAUAUAGACCGACUAACCGAGAUCCCCUUGUUUGAGCUCCCCGCUCAACCGUGGACUUCUGUCACCUCGGACAGCGCAUUUGUGUCGCACCUUAUCUCGCUUUGGUUGGCAUGGGAUCAUGUCUGCCGGAACUGGAUCGACCGGGACUUGUUCAUCAAAGCAAUGCAAUCAGGAGAUGUUCACUCCCCGUUCUGCUCUCCACUUCUUGUCAAUGCAAUCUUGUCACAAGCAUGUCUUUACUCCAACUAUCCUGAGGCAUUUAUCGAUCCAAGCGAUCUAUCCUCCCGAGGACAGCACUUUUACAACGAAGCAAGGCAGCACCUUGAUGCCAUGGAAGGAAGGGUCAAUCUGACGAGUGUGCAGGGAGUGGGGCUGCUUUACCAUAACACUUGCCUAAUGGGGAAGGAUCGGGUUGGACUACAUUACAUGUCGCAGACCUGUCUAUCGAUAAGAGAACUGGCCUCUCGAAGCGACGAGUUGAUUGCUGCAGCAGGUUCUCAGGGAACUGAUAUGGCGCAGUCGAUUGAGAUAUGUACUCGUGGUCUCUUUAGUUUCUUAUCAUUGGCGGGACUCUCUUUUCAAACGCCAGUUUCAAUGAAGCCGCCACCCCGAAAACAUCUCCCUGUCACCCAUGAUGCAACUGAUACAUGGACUGCCUUCCUUAAGUCGCAUCCAUCCGUACCUAGUGUUGCAUUUUCGACAGCCAAAAACCAGUGCAUUAGUUCCGUGCUGAGAGUGCGUGAUCUUAUUCAUAUCCACCGGGCCAAGUGGCGACGGCUCGAACACCUGCCGCUCGAAUACACCCAAGUCAUCACUCUUAGCCUGUUUACCCUCCUUGAUGAUCUAGAGACCAUCGCUAGCCGGCAGGCAUUUGUGGACUUAGUCGUACUGUCCCGCUCCAUGGCGCGUCGUUGCCAGCUCGCCCGAGGUAUGCUUCGCCUCGUCCAGCUGACGGCCCGACAGGAGAAGAUCACAUUACCGGAGGAGGUCAGAGCGAUUCUUCAAGAUUUCGAGGUUGAGUGGUACCGGGGGCGGGACGUGGACAAAUUCAGUAGUUAUUACCCUAAUUUCCCGGUUUCAUUACGUGGUGGGUGGAAGACCGACAUCGGCAAUUCGGGGGCGAAGGGCGAUCAAGAGGAAGAAAGAUGGAGGAGCCAUCGUGCAGGAGGGCGCGAGAGGAGUGCAGAGUUGGAUCUGUUCUUGAGGAAGUGGGAUUGGCUGAGUCUUGACGAGAGUGAAGCACGAAGAUCGUAA